GAAAUAUUGGAAUAUUGUGUGUCGCUAAUCAUAUAAAUUAAAAAAAACAAAAACAAAAACUAAAAAAAAAUAUUAACAAAAAUAAACCAAAACACCCUGUGAUAUAAAAAUUGCACUAAAAAUCAUCUCUAGCUGAUAAGUUAAGGAAUACAACAACAACAAACAAAAACACACACACACAAGUCAACUAACUUAAACCUCCAAUGCGCUAAUUUAACUCUUUAAGAUUUUGAUUCAAAUCUACGCAUCUCUCUCUUUAACCUCCUGCAGCAAAUAACAAAGGAAAACCAAAACAAAAAACAAAAGGAAACCUUUCGCCUCAAACUAAAAGAUAAUCUCUCUUGUUAAACGCGCUCACUAACGCUAACUAAGAAUAUAAGCUAAACAAACGCUUACUAUAUUUACUAAGCAACAACAAGCAUUUUUUCAAAAAAAAAAAAAAAAAAUUAACUAGUUUAAGAACAAAUUAUUAUUAUUAUUAAGUAUUAUUGCAAAUAGCUUAACUAACUAAAAACAAAAAAAAAAAAACAUGGGUGAUGAACUGGAAAUUCGUACCCUGCGCGAGAAAUUGCUCUUUUAUACGACUGCCUUUUUCAUAUUGCUCGGUACCUUUAGCAUGUUUGCUUUCCUCUUUUUGGUGCCAUUCGUCAUAGAGCCGGCCUUCACCACGAUAUUCAUGCAGUUCGAAGAAGUUCCCGCCCUGUGUGAGACCUCGUCGACAAUACACCGCUUCGGGGCCCGCAACUGCAGUUGGUCGUCCUGCCGCGAGGGCUGCACGCGAGAGAUAUUCGAGUGCACCCAAAUCAUGGUGAACUAUCGCCUGAAUCUGUACAACUACACGGAUGAGUUCAACUUCACCGAGUAUCACAUCAAUCUCAAGGAGGCUGAGAAGGUGAUUCCGCCCAAAAAACGUACCGAUCGCUAUACGAGAGCCAUACGCGAUUACGAAUAUGAUCUGGGUCCGCAUGACCCCAUGGCAGCCGCCAUGGACGAUGAGGGAGGCGGCGGCGGCGGUGGCGGCAUGGUUAUGGAACAUUUGAAUUUCGGCGACGAGGAUGGUUCCAAUGGUUUCCUUAUAGAAGAUUCCGGUCUGGAUCCGGACUCUGAUACACUGAUCAAUGCCGAUGGCAGCGAUGUCUUUGAGGAGAUCUCAGAGCUGAACAGGGGCCUUAUGAGCAGCAAUGAUAGUAAAUAUUUUUUCGUUGGCGCCCAUCUCUAUCCGAAUGUCAAGGGAUGCGGCUAUCCGCCUGUGCUCAAUUGUACCAUAUGGUUUAAGCGUUACACCAAACUGGGAGUCAAAUUUCCCUGCUACUAUUCCAAAGUAGAUCCUAGUGUGGUCAUCAGCGAGCUGGACUACUGGCAGAAUACAUUGAAUCUAAUCUACUCCAUGGCGAUUCCGAUACCCUCCUUUAUUAUAUCUGUGAUCUAUUUGACAUAUGCCUAUUUCAAAAUCUACAAUGAGGACGAGGAGACAGCACCGCUGGAUAAAAAUGCCGAAGACAUGGACAUUGACGAUGAGGGUGUGGACGACAGCGAUGGCGCAGCGCUCGCAGACAAUGCUGCUGGAAGUCAAGUCAUAAACAUGCACGAUUCGACGACGGGUGAAAGUUGUAUUGUUGAUGGUAUCCUGCCCAACGGUGGUCCUGGCAUGACAAACUCAAUAUCACAACCCGGUUCGGUAACCACACCCGGCCAAUAUCGUGUUCACACACCCGGUUCGGUGAUGACACCGAAUUCGGAUAUGCAUUCAUUUGGCCAUCAAUUAAAGGUCCAGAUGGCCGAUGAUUUUUCCAGAGAUUCCUUGGAUAAUGGCAUUUUAUCGACAUCGAAUUCGGUGCAAGGGUAAGUGGCAGAUGGUGUUGUUGUGGUUGUUUUUAUGAUUUAAUGUUUAUGUUUGUUGUAUGUGUUCGACAUUCGUUGUUGUUAAUGGGGUUAUCCAAUUAGAGAAGAUUAUUAUUAAUCGAGACAUAAUUGAAUCCUUUAUUUAUCAAUUUAUCCUUUAUGUUAUUUUAACCAAUUUUUAGACUCAUAGUUUUCGGCCAAUUGUAUAUUUAGGUAUCAGUAUUUUUUUAAAGAAAAAUAUAUCCUAUUCCACAAUGUACGAAUAUACCUUUAUCGGUGAUAAGUCUAUUUGUGGUCUAUAUACAGUUCUGUAUGGAUGUCCAUACAAUUCUAUGUCUGUCCGUCCAUCUGUUUAGCCGUCUGUUGAGAACAAAAUAGACUUUGCAGUAUUUAAGAUAGACCCUUCCAACCUUACACAUACAUUUAUAUUUUUAUUAGAAUAAUUGGUAUUGAACAGGUUACAAUUCGAUCCGCACUAAGAUAUACCCCAUAUAUUUAUCGAAAAUCUCCGAAAUUUUUAACUUUUAAAAUAAAAUUAUUUUUGUGCCCUCAGCCAUAUGGCUACAGAGAGUAUAUUUUGAUAUGGCCAAAACGUGCCUAGUCGAAAUAACGAUCUUAGACCCUAGGUCUUUUUGGACCAAAUCCGUUUUAAGACAUUUGGGGCCCAAUUAGCGAUGUCCGUCCGUCUGUCUGUCUGACUGGUACGAACUAUAACUCUCGAUGGGAGCAUCCGAUUUGGUCCAAACUUGGUACAUCGUAAUAUUAUUGCCAAACUUAGACCUAGUUCGGAGACGGGCAAUAUCCGCCCACUCCUUCUGGCACCUCCCCCACUAAAUGUCGAAAUUUUCAAAGAAAAUAUUUUAUUGCACUGAAAGAGAAAGGAUGAUCCGAUUUUGCUUCAACUUUGCAAAUCCUAAUAUUUGCCUCAGUGCUGGGUCAGGUGCGAAAGUGGACAAUAUCUAUCCAUUCCAUCAAAUACCUCCCCCACUAAGGGUCAAAAUUUUGAAUAAUUUUUGUUAAAACUCUAUACAAAGACAUCACAAUAUGAAUAUUAUUAAAAAUAUUUGCUGUUGUGAAUUCGUAAUGGGUACUGCAG